ACUGAAAAUUAUUUACGGAUUAACGUGCAUUGAACUAUGAUUUUUAUGGCGUUUGUUGCAAAUGUUUUUGCGUGUAAGAAUAGGAGAGCUACGUUGGUAAAUAGCUUUGUAGAAAAGAAAGUUUGUUUUUCAGUAAAGCAGCUUGGUAUUUUACAGCACUUGAAGAAAGUAAGGAGACUGGAAAGGUUGAGUAACCGUUGUCGAACUACUGCAGUGGAAACAGGGGCUUCUAACUAUGAAGGUGCCAGGUUGGGACCUCCACCCGAUCUCCCUUCACUUUUGCUUCAUAACAGAAUUAUAUACCUUGGCAUGCCCCUCCUACCUGCCGUGACUGAGUUAAUUAUUGCAGAAUUUCUUUACUUGCAGUACGAAAGUGGAGAGAAGCCAAUAUAUCUCUAUAUAAACUCAACGGGUACUUCCAAUCCUGACGGUUCCACUGCAGGUUUCGAAACAGAAGCGUUUGCCGUCUGUGACACCAUGCGCUACGUGAAGCCACCGGUUCACACAAUUUGUGUUGGACAAGCUUAUGGGACCGCAGCGCUACUACUUGCUGCAGGAGAAAAGGGCUUCCGUGCUGCCUUGCCACACGCUACUGUUAUGCUACAUCAACCGAGAAGUUCAACUCAAGGGCCGGCUUCAGACAUAGCAAUAAAGGCAAGAGAAGUUUUAUACAAUCGAAAGGUGACCUUUGAAUUACUCAGUGAGUCAACCGGACAGCCUUUCGAAAAGAUUCAAAAGGAUUCACAGAGGACGAAAUACAUGACUCCAGAGGAGGCGAAGGAAUACGGGAUAAUCGACAAAAUUCUGACUAGUACGAAAGAACCGUUUGUCGAAAAACCCAGCUUCAUUCACGCUCUAAACUAGUCGUCCUUAUCUAUCAUUACAGCGGGUUUGAAAUAUAGAUAAAAUUCUUCUUCUGUUUCAAGUCAGAUAAGUUUCGAUUUCUGAAAAGAGAGUCAGUGGGGUUGCUUGAUAGUUCAGCAUAUGCGGCAAUACAGUUAUCGCAGCAUAUAACCGCAUGCAUGAUCUGCUUCCUUCACAACUUUUGCUAAAAGUUGUGGAUCCUAAGAGGGUCGAAUGCUGAAA